AUGUUCCCGGGCGUUUUCCUUACCAUCACACUCGGAUUGAUCACGAUAUUCACAAGCUAUCUAGUGGGACAAGUCAAAUUGGCCUAUCCUCAAGUCUCUCACUAUGCUGACGCUGGAACACUCUUGUUUGGAAGAAUUGGCUAUGAAUUGUUUGGUGCUGCCAUGGUUCUGGAGCUUGUUAUGUCUGUCGGCUCACACGCCUUAACUGGCAGCAUCGCUUUGGGCACCUUGAAUGGGAAUCACAUCUGCUCUAUUGCCUUUUCAGCUAUCUCGGCAGUCAUCCUAUUCAUACUGGCUAUACCACCUUCCUUCACCGAGAUAGCUAUUCUUGGCUACAUCGACUUUGCAUCAAUCAUUGCUGCUAUUGGAAUUACUAUUAUUGCUACAGGUAUUAAAGCGCGAGACUCCUCAGGUGGACUUUCUGGCGUUGAGUGGUCUACGUGGCCUCGAGAAGGUGUUACCUUUUCUGAGGCUUUCGUGGCAGUAAGCAAUAUCAUCUUUGCUUUCAGCUUUGCCAUUGGCCAAUUUUCAUUCAUGGACGAGAUGCAUACUCCCAAGGACUUCAUGAAGUCGAUUUGGGCAUCCGGUAUUGCCCAAAUCAUUAUCUAUACCCUGACCGGCGCACUCUGCUACGCAUUCAUCGGCCCGUCCAUCCAGUCUCCCGCAUUACUAUCGUCUGGUCCUCUUAUUUCCAAAAUCACGUUUGGUAUUGCGCUGCCGGUUAUUUUCAUCUCCGGCUCCAUUAACUCGACGGUGGCGCUUCGAUAUAUCCAUGGUCGUCUUUGGAAGAAGUCAAUCAUUCGAUAUGUUAAUACUCCCAAGGGCUGGGUUGCCUGGAUUUCGCUCGCAGCAGUUCUGACGAUUAUUGCUUGGGUUAUUGCCGAAGCUAUUCCCAUCUUUUCCGAUCUGCUUUCCCUUGUUUCAGCACUCUUUGUCACUGGAUUUUCUUACUGGAUCCCCGCUAUCAUGUGGUUCAGAUUACUCUGCAAGGGAAAUUGGUUCUCGCGGAAGAAUAUCCUCAUUACUCUGGGAAGCAUACUGGCGUUUAUAAUUGGAGUUGUAGCUCUCGUUGCUGGUACAUACGCCACUAUUGCUGAUAUUAUUCGAGAAACAUCUGAUGGAAGCACCACUCGACCCUUUUCCUGCAGAAGAUGA